UUAGUUGAGCGUUCUGCCACUAGUAUCGCAUGGAUCAGAAAGAUCGUAGUUAUAGUAAUAACAUUAGUCCACAUCAUGAAAGUGACCGUGCUACAGCGCAUGUGCAAUCUAAAGGAAAGUUUCAUAUAUUUAAGCCUGUAUUUAAGGUUAAUGAGACAAUUUUUUCCGAUACGCCGUAUUUUUAGUGCGAUGCUUUUUAUGUAAAAAAAGAAGAAUUUUAUGUUUUUGUGUAUCAUAGUGCCAUUCAGCGUUCUUCUCUACGAAUAAGAAUGCCAAAAAUUUGUGGUGUACCAGGUUGCGUCAGUGGAAAAUAUGAAGAUGACAGGCGUCGAAAGGAAUUGGGUUUGCGGCCCAUUUCUUUGUUUGCUGUACCUAAGAGUGAGGAUCGUUUCAAAGUAUGGAAAAAUGCUUUGAAAUAUAAUCUCAAGAAAACACAUUAUAUUUGUCAGCUGCACUUUCCCGAUGAAUCCAUUCAAAAAGAUGAUAUCUUCAAAUUACCUGAUGGCACGAUUAGUCUUAUACCGCGUGACCAUUGGCGUUUACAUAAUGAUGCUGUACCAUUGCUCCUGGAUCAGCCUUCGGACCAAGACAAAAAUAAUAACGUUUCUACUAUGGACAGUAUCAUGGAGUAUGGCAGCACCGUCGAAUCACUUGGUCAACUUCAGGAGAAAAGCUUGUCACUUGAUCUCGUUGCUACUUCUGCUACUGAUAGUUUGCAGAUGGAAUGUGACGACAUUGCCGAGAAUAUCACUGUACACGACACUCCACCUUACUCGAUUGACGAUUUGAAGUGUAAUUUGAGAUUGCUUUUAUUGCCGGAAUUUUGGGCUUGGAAUCAGGAAGGCUCAGACAUUAUAUUCACCUAUUUAGACCGAUUAGACUUCUCUGUACGGUUACACCUCGUUGUUCAUCAGGAUCUCUCUAUUCAUAUUCGGAGUAUUUCGAACACAAUGAUCGACUUAAAAGAUACUGUAAAAUCUACGGCCGAAAUUCUCAGCUAUAUGAAAACGAUGGAAAACUUGACAGUUUGCAAGGGUACGGAUAUCGAAAAUGAAAGGCGGGAUCGUCUAUGUACGGGAGUUCUCGAUGACACGGAAUCAUACAAAAAUGUGGUACAGCGUCCGCGGUGUGUCCGUUGUCGACGGCUUCGGAAAAAGCUACUGAAACGGAAAAAAAAGAUUGACUUAAAAAAAAAAUACGAGGAGUCGAAAAAGGCUGCGCAAUUGGAACGACGGAAGAAUCUCCGUUUGCUACAAAAAAUGAGGGUGAUGAAAGCAAACAUAGAUCGGCUACAAGCGGAGUGUGCGGCAGUAAAUAGUAGUAUACUGGAAGAAAAAAUUUCCAUUUUUCCCGAUGCACAGCAAGAAGCUAUUAGAGCAUGUUUUGAGGCUUCCAAAAUAAAAUCUUCGUACAGGCGGAGAUAUACAGUCAAGUGGAUCUAUGAAUGUUUGCUGAUGCGAAUAAAAAACUCGGCUCUCUACGAACAUUUGAGAGAUCGACAAAUUUUGCCCCUACCUUGCCGCAAAACGUUGAAUAGAUAUAUUCAAAAAAUCAGCUCCUCGACGUAUGGGUUUCACGACGCUGUGUUUGAAGGCCUACGGCGGAAAGGAUCGCAGAUGGACAAAUCAUCUAAAAGAGGUGUCCUUCUAAUCGAUGAAAUGAAGUUGAGUGAGGCAAUUUCAUUUGAUCGGAAAACAAUGAAGUUCGGAGGUUUCGUCGAUCUUGGAAAAUAUACACCCGAAAAUCAAAAAGCAACAAGAGCCGACCAUGCGUUGGUCUUUAUGUUCCAACCUUUUCGAGGUAGAUGGGUACAAGCCCUUGGCUGCUUCCUCAGCAAAGAUUCAGUUUCGAGUGCAGUUUUACAUAAAUUGAUUUUGGAAUGCGUGAUUCUGCUGGGCAAUUCGGGUUUCCAUGUCGAUGCUGUAACUACCGACGGAGCUCAAUGGAAUAGAGGUGUUUGGAACAUAUUUGGUAUCGACGAGAACAAUUUAAGUUGUCUACAUCCUUGUGACGAGAAUGAAAGACACCAAGUGGAAUUGUGAAGAAAGAGCAUUUCGAAGCGUUAUUACAGUGCGAAAGUUUCUCAAGGCCAAAUCUGAAACUGGCAUAUAAAUUAACGCCUGCACAUUUGAAUCCUGUGGGGUAUCAAAAAAUGAACGUGCCUCUGGCUUUUGAGUUGUUCUCGCAACAAAUUCGCGCUGCUAUGGAAAUUUAUGAAAGCACUUGUCCACAAUUAAAAGAUUCAAAGCCAACACGCGAUUUUUGUGAACGCGUUGACAAUGUAAUCGCAGCAAUGAUGUCCAGAACGCCUCAAAAUGCGCUUCGUCCUUCGGAAUCCUGUCAACAGAAAAAGCUUUUAGCAGGUUCGCUUGUAGACCCCAACACGAAAUUGGAUAUUGAACUUGCAUUUUCCGUCGCCGUUUUUCAUAGGUUCUAUUGUGACGGAGAGACAGUGCGGAAAUUUUGUCGAUGCUGUUCAAUUUUAGAACAUAAUGUUCUAUAACUAUCGUUCGGAUCUUAUUCCUUUCAUGGAGGAUUGCUGUUCGCUGUCUUGACGUUUCAGACUGGCAAUUUCAAGCUUCCUUGCGUACUUGAAAGAGUGGGAGUCGUCAGUUUCUUCGUUGAAAGACUUACCAAUAUCAUCAAGUACCCUGAAAGGUUUGAAAGUAACUCUAGGAGCCACCCUCGAAAUUCUGGACAUGUUGCAAUCACGAGCCAAUUUUGAAUACCUUAUGACGUCACGACUGAACCAAGACGCUUUAGAAAGAUUUUUCGGUAUGAUGCGCAGAGCUGGUGGUAGUAACGAUCAUCCUGACCCAUUGUUUUUUGCUCAACUAUUUCGAUUAUUGUGCUGCUACUCGUUAGUGAAGUCCCCGAAAGGGAGUAACGUCGAAGGACACGAGCUGCUCGAAACAUUAAUGCAGACCACGGAUUCUUUGGCUGCUGCAUCACAGCCUCGCACUGCAUGGUUGCAAACCAUCGACAAUAUGUUGGAAGAACAAGGACGUAUCGAGCAAUCACCCACGGAAACGCACCAACGGGAUCACAAUUAUGAGGUUACACUGUCGAUGGACUUCAGUACGUGGAAAGACAGUACGCACGAUCAUACGUAUGAUGUCACACGUACAAGCGCAGAAGUACAAUGUUACAUUGCUGGAUACGUUGUCCGGACAAUGAUGAAAAAACUGCAAUGCAACGACUGCCUAAAUUCCUUGAAGUCUAGAGAAAUACAAGUGAAUGAUCCGACACAUGCGGCUGUAGAUCUCCUGGAGAAGUUUGGUGGAUUGAUUCGGCCCAGUGAGUCUUUAUUCCGGUUGACCGAAUGCCUGGAAUCAACUGUAUUAGACGUGACUGGAAAAUUCGGCAUUCACGUUGAUACGAUCCAUACUAUUCUCGAAAGAGCAUCGGAAAUUAAAAACUUGCCAAUGGUUGGUUGCGCCAAUCACUACAUGAAUUGCACAAGAAAGAUAAUAGACUUUUAUAUAAUUAUGAGAGCUAAUUUCUUAACCAAGUCGUACAACGCUAAUCAAAAUGAAAGCCGUACAAGAACGAAACGACUCCGCAAAAAUGCCAAAUUGUAGUACAUCGUCUGUACUCAAAGAUUAAUCGAUUUUUAUGUUUAACCUAAUUACUUAGGUAAUUUCAUUAUUCAGAAAACUUUGUACAUAUAUUUAAUCUUAAUCGCAAAAUAACUCAAUCUCGCUUUUUGUUUAGCUACUCUCAACUGUUAAUGCUAAAAUUAAUGAGUCGUUUGGCAUAAGUGGAAUAAACAUAUUUCGACACAUAAACUGAAUAAACGUAUAUUUAUUAUU